GCGGCGCCCGAAAACAAACAUGGCGGACAGAGGCGGUGUAGUGCUCGAUAUGUUGGCAUCGUAAAUUCCUCACAUCUCUUUUUCCAGAAUGGCUUCAUUCGAAGAAUUUGAGGGGGAGUUUGAUGCCUCUGAAUAUGUGGAGCGUCUGGCAAGCACUGUGGAUGGUGGAGGGUCAAAGGGCGGAGCUGAUACCUUUGACCCUAGAACUUUGUGUGAUGUAUUUGAAAAAACUAUCAAAGAACUGACAGCUCUUGAUGAAAAGAUGCAAGGAAGGAUCAACAAACUUGAAGAACUCUGUGGGAAAGAACAGGAACAACACAAACAGAAAUCCCGAGAACUAGAAUCAACUUUUAAGACUGCAUCCUCCCUAUUUCAAGAAUUGGAUGACCGAAUAAACUAUGUUGCUACCAAGGUUGUUCAUCUGGGAGACCAGUUAGAAGGAAUCAAUGUUCCAAGGUCUCGAGCGAUUGAGGCUCAGGAACUCAUGAAAUAUUUUGAUGAGUUUGCUUCAGGAAAACAUAUCUCAACUGUUUUUAGUGACCAGUUUAGGAUUCAUGAAGCAGCAAACAUUAUACAAAAGCUAUCACUUAUUGCUCAAGAACUUCCUUCUGAGAGGUUUGAAACUGUCAAAAAGAAAAUCAAAGGUAGGUAUGCAAUGUAGGGGCCAAUAUACUACACAGAGGGGGACAUUGGAGUUUCUGGUGUUGACUGGUUUUUCAAAGUA